AUGGAAACACUUGAUAUUGAUAAUCUUACAAAUUCCACUUUAAAUCUGAUUAGAAAACUCCAAGUUAUUGGAAAAAAUAUUCGAGGCCCAUUGACAUCUAUUCCAGGCAAUAUUUGUCGUCUAACACAGCUUAAACAUUUGAAUCUAAAUUUUAAUCAAAUAACUAAUGUUGUCGUAAAUUCGUCUUCAUCAUGUUUAUUUCAACUAGAAACUCUUGAUUUAAGUAAUAAUUUUAUUAGUGAAGUUUCUAUUCAAUGGAUUUCUCAAUUACCUGCUCUGAAAUCAAUUAAUUUAUCAAAUAAUAAUUUAACUUCUAUACCAGAUAAAAUGUUUUAUAAUAUUUCUAAUGUAGAACAUUUUGAUGUAUCUUCAAAUAGUUUAACAACAUUUGAAUUAUGGUUAAUACAAAUAAAAAAAUUAAUUAAUUAUUCAAAUAAUCGAGUAACACAUUUUACGAAUAAUUAUAAUGUUAAUCUUGCAAAUUAUCAAUCUGAUGUUACUGAACAAAUUCUUUUACACAAUACUCAAACAAGAAUUCAAUUUGAUGAUAGUAUUUUUGAAAUGUAA